UACCGUAAUGAUGAGAGCGCACGGCUACAACGAACCGGCGCUGCUGCUUAUCAGAGUACGUGACACUUACGUCCGGUAUAAAAGUCACUUUGAGCUCAAGCCAGCGACUGCCACGAAGAGGUCAAAAUGGCUGAGGACAUUAAAGUCAAACUUGAGAAAUAUCGCACUGCUCCCUUUGAUGCCAGAUUCCCCAACUCCAACCAGACCAGGAACUGCUGGGCCAACUAUCUGGACUUCCACCGCUGCCAGAAAGCUCUGGAUGCUAAAGGAAUAGACACCGCCCCGUGUGAAUGGUACAGGAGGGUCUUCAAAUCACUCUGCCCCAUGUCCUGGGUCCAGAAGUGGGAUGACCAGAGGGGAGAGGGGACUUUUGCAGGAAAAAUCUAAAACUGCCAUCUUCAAAGCUGUUAGUCUGCAAAGAUGUAAUCUUUCCAGCUAAGUGUUUGUAUCUGUGGUUGGAGAGCCGUGAGCUCCAGCACCACCUUUCCAAUAUCGAUGCUCUGUCACAGAAGCCAUCUAUAACUGAAUGUUCAUUCCUCACAAAUACCAUGAGAUGUACAGCACAGUCUGCAUUAAAAUAUCUCAGAAUAUA